GGAUUGGAACACCUGAAUCACAUGAUAUGGAGGGGAUUGGAACACCUGAAUCACAUGAUUGGGAGGGGAUUGGAACACCUGAAUCACAUGAUUGGGGAGGGGAUUGGAACACCUGAAUCACAUGAUAUGGAGGGGAUUGGAACACCGGAAUCACAUGAUAUGGAGGGGAUUGGAACACCUGAAUCACAUGAUUGGAGGGGAUUGGAACACCUGAAUCACAUGAUAUGGAGGGGAUUGGAACACCUGAACCACAUGAUAUUGAGGGAUUGGAACACCUGAAUCACAUGAUUGGGAGGGAUUGGAACACCUGAAUCACAUGAUAUGGAGGGGAUUGGAACACUUGAAUCACAUGAUUUGAAGGGAUUGGAACACCUGAAUCACAUGAUUGGAGGGGAUUGGAACACCUGCAUCACAUGAUUGGAGGGGAUUGGAACACCUGAAUCACAUGAUUUGGAGGGGAUUGGAACACUUGAACCACAUGAUUUGAAGG